GAGCUUGAAGAAAUCCGCAAAUGUGGAAUGAAAAACUUCCGUAAUAUCCAGGUUGAUGAAGCUAAUUUAUUGACCUGGCAAGGGCUUAUUGUUCCUGACAAUCCUCCGUAUGACAAAGGAGCCUUCAGAAUCGAAAUCAACUUCCCAGCAGAAUAUCCAUUCAAACCUCCUAAGAUUACGUUUAAAACAAAGAUCUAUCACCCUAACAUCGAUGAAAAGGGGCAGGUUUGUCUGCCAGUAAUUAGUGCUGAAAACUGGAAGCCAGCAACCAAAACUGACCAAGUAAUCCAGUCCCUCAUAGCACUGGUGAAUGAUCCACAGCCCGAGCAUCCCCUUCGGGCUGACCUAGCUGAAGAAUACUCUAAGGACCGUAAAAAAUUCUGUAAGAACGCUGAAGAGUUUACAAAGAAAUAUGGUGAAAAGCGACCAGUGGACUAAAAUCUGACACAAUUGAUGUCAGCAACAUAUGAUAGAAGAUCGGAGCAGUGCAUUUGAGACACCCCGUAAAGCAGGACUCUCUGGAAAAUUGACAAGUGCCACCUUUCGGUGUUAACUUGUGGCUGUUACUAACUUUCUACAGUUUUCUUAAUCAAAAGUGGGCUAGGUAACCUGUAAAGAAAGGAUUAAAAUUUAAGAUGUUCUAGUUCUGCUUUCUUUGUUUAAAAAUCACUGCUUCAAUAUACUUUAAAGUAUGCUGUUUUCUUUUUCUUGUCAGAAUUUAUCAAAAAUAUCUUAGACUUAUAUUCUGCCCUUAAAUUGAAAAGGUUGUGGCUGUCAUUUCUUAUUUUUCCUCACAGUUCCCACUAUCUUGAGUUCAUUUAAUUCUUCAUUGAAUUUUAUCCCACUCCCUACGCCCAUGUCUUAGAAAAAGUAUCCCAGUUCUGGCAGAAAAUGAUUGAGUGUUUGGCAGUUUUGUUUACUUUUCUUUUUAAAUGUUGCACUGUGCUUUGUGGGACUUGUCGCAAGUUCCCCUUAACUUCAGUUUGUAACAUAAUAAACAAAAAACGAACCAACCCCACAAAACCAAUUAGAAAUAAUGUCCAGGUCUUAUGUAAAUCUGGCUGAUGUUACCACAAAAUGUUUAUUAAACGGGGAAACCCAAGUUUUUGUGUGCGUCAUUGAAUUACAAUACGGCUUAUGUCCUGCUUUUGGAAAACUUUGGAAAAAAAAUUCCGUAGCAAAGGAGUAGUGGAAUGUGAUUACAAACUUCUUUCACUUCUGUUCGUAAUAGCUGUGCAGAGUAGCCAGGGGAAACGUGCACAGAACGACAUGGCAGCCAGUUUGGAAGAGUUCCAGAAAUUGGGGACCAAGAGGUACCAAAGUGAGAAAUUGCUUUGAGUUGAAAAUCAGGAUUUUGGAAAUGUUAAUUUUGAAUUCCAAGUACUAAAUCUGACAGCACUGCUAGAACAUUUUUCCAUUAGAAUGUGUAAGAAACAUCUGUGUUUCAUGGGAUGGCACUCAUGCCACUUCCCAGCCCAACUGCUGUACAGUCCUUACCGAAAAUGGUAUGAGAAGAGGAUUAAGCAAUAACCUGUAAUAGAGUAUGCUUCGCUGCUACUGUUCCUGCGCUCUAAAACCACACAGGUUAGAUGAUGUAAUGAGUACUUCAAGUAUCAUUCUGUCAUUCUAACUCAAUCAGGCAGAGCUGUUUUCCCGUUGCUCGGGGGCACGCCUACGCAUGCUGCAGGAGGGCCUUGCUGUUCAGAAUUGAGCAUCCUUUACCGCGUCUCCGCUUUUCUCCUGACUGCCUGUCUUUUUUCCCCAGUCUUAAAGUGUGAUCAUAGCUCCACGGCCAAACUGCCAUACAGUCAAACUGCCGGCUCUUCCCCGCCUGUCGAACUUGGG